AUGAUGCAACAGAUUUUGAGGGACAUGUACAUCGAUCCGGACCUGCUGGCGGAGCUCAACGAGGAGCAGAAGCACAUCCUAUUCUAUAAGAUCCGCCAGGAGCAGGUGAGGCGCUGGGAUGAGAGGGAGAACCAAGAGAACCAGGAGAACCAGGACCAGGACCAGGGGAAGAAGGGUGAGUCUGGGUGUACUGUACUGAGUGUUUUUUUGACAAGCGGAGUGUAGAUUUAGACAUGCUUUUAGCUGUGUCUAAAUUAUGACUUCAUAGGGAUGUUUGGUAUUGGUAAGUAUGGUUAAAUAGAAUAUUCCCAAAUAAACUGGAGACUGUAGAGGUUGUGUUUGGUUUUAUUAGUCACAGACACAGACAGUCAAAGGUGAUGCUAACAUGCUAACCCCACUGUGCCCACUCAGGCAGCAGGAGAAGUAUCCAGUGGCUGCAGGGCAGCGAUGGGGAUGUGUGGGUGUGGGUGAUGGGCGACGCUCCUGGGGAUAAGCCUUAUGAGGACAUCAUCAAGGAGUUGAUGGGGGAAAAAGCCAGACGGCAGGCUCAGCAGGAGGCCAAGGAGCUC